AUGCCUGCAGCUACAGAAUCCCAGACCCCCCUCGUUCAAUACCUAUGGACGCGAAUCCGACAGUUGGGUGUGGGGAGCGUCAUGGGUGUUCCAGGCGAUAUGAACCUGGAGCUACUUGACUACAUUGACUUAGUCGACGGAUUGUCCUGGGUUGGAAAUGCCAACGAAUUGAACGCUGUAUAUGCCGCUGAUGGCUACGCGCGGGCCAAAGGCUGUCCUGGCGUUGUCGUGACGACAAUGGGAGUGGGAGAACUAAGUGCACUUAACGGUGUUGCUGGCGCCUACACUGAGCAGGUCAAGCUCAUUCAUAUCGUCGGCACAACUGCGACCCAUGUGCAGGCCAAGCGUCUCAUGAUUCACCACUGUCUUGGACCGAACCCAGACCACAAGGUGUUUGAGAAGAUCUCGGCUCAUGUGAGAUGUGCUCACGCGUGGCUGGAGGAUGCAGCGACGGCUGGGGCUGACAUUGAUAGAGUCAUCAGGGAAUGCCUUUUGCGUUCGCUUCCAGUCUACUUGUUUGUUCCCAUGGAUUUUGUUCAUGUGCCCAUCGAUGCCUCACCUCUUCGAUCACACAUCGAGCUUAACCCCCCCAUUGACUUUGCCAACGAGGCAGAAGCACUGUCUAUUGUUCUCAAGGCCUUCCAAAAAGCCAAGAAUCCCCUCUUGUUAGUCGACUGCCUCACAAAUCGUCAUAGUGCCGUACAAGAAGCUAGAACAUUGGCUGAUCGCCUCGGCUUUCCCAUUUUCUCGACUUCGAUGGGGAAGACGAUAAUCGAAGAGACACAUCCGAGAUACUGCGGCGUAUACAACGGUGAAGUCUCUUACCCCGGAGUGAAAGCUGCUGUGGAACAAAGCGACUGCAUCCUGAAUCUUGGACCGCUUCUCGCCGACAGCAACACGGGUGGACACACAAGAGAGAUUCGACCUGAUCAGGUGAUUCUCGUGGAGCCUGACAGUUGCACAGUCUUUGGCACCACAUACAAUCAAGUGUACCUCAAGCCAUUCCUUCAGAAGUUAUUGAGCGGAUUGGGAACCAUCAAGCUUCCAUCGUCCACAUUACCAGUCCUCCCGAGUCAACUAGUACCAGAAGACGCGGAUUCUAAGAGCAUUGUUCAAUCGUGGAUCUGGAAGCGUCUCGGUGAGCUUACUCGGCCCGGGGACAUUCUCGUCGCAGAGUCUGGCACGGCCCAGUUCGGAUUCCCCGAUGCCACAUUUCCAGCUGGUGUCAAGUAUGUGACACAGGUCUAUUACGGCAGUAUUGGGUAUUCAGUAGGAUCGUGUCUAGGCGUCGCGAUCGCUCAGAGGGAGUUGCAAGCAGAGACUGUCGUCAAGGGUGGACGAACCAUUCUCGUCGUUGGCGAUGGUAGCUUGCAAUUGACUGUGCAGGAAGUCGGGACAAUGAUUCGUCUAGGAUUGAACCCUCUACUGCACGUCAUCGUCAUAAACAACAAGGGCUAUACAAUCGAACGAGCCAUCCACGGUCCUCAGGCUGGCUAUAACGACAUCGCAUCCUGGCGUCACCAGUCUUUGCUUACCUUUUUCGGCGCAGCGAAUGCAGAACAGUCAAGCCGUGAGGUCGUAACAAAGGAGGAGCUGGACAAGGUCUUUUCACUCUCAGAGUAUCAAUCUCCCAAGAACAUUCAGCUGCUUGAGGUGCACAUGGACGUCAUGGAUAUUCCUUGGCGCUUGCGGAACCAGAUCGCAAUCGUCAACGCGCGGGCCAAGGCGAGGAAAGCUGGCUUGGAGGCCAGGGCCAAUGGCGUCAAUGGUGCAUCGACGGAAUAG